AACUUCAUUUCAAUUGCUAGUCCCGGUGAAUUGGUUUAUCGGACAAAACUUCCAAUAGUCCUUGUAGCAACAAAAGUAAUUCAAAAAUGACUGACCAACCACUACCACCUCCAGUAAUGUGGGCCCAAAGGUCCUCUAUUGUAUUUCUUACUAUAAAUUUAGAAGAUGUUAAAAAUCCGGAAAUUAAGUUCAAUAAAGAUUCUAUAUAUUUUAAAGGUACAGGGGGUGUAGAAAAAAAGAACUAUGAAGUAACAAUUCCCCUGUUUAAAGAAAUUGAUCCUGAACAGAGUAAGAGCUUCAAUAAAGGAAGGUGUAUUGAAAUUAUCGUAACUAAAGCAAACACAGAUGGACCCUACUGGCCUACAUUAACGUCUGACAAAAAGAAACACCAUUGGUUAAAGUGUGAUUUCAACAAAUGGCAUGACGAAGAUGAUUCUGGUGAUGAGGGAGUUGGAGGAAUGGGCGGUGGAGAUUUUGAUGAAAUGAUGAGGCAGAUGGGAGGUCUAGGAGGUGGGGCUGGUAAACCUAACUUUGAUGAUAUUGAAGGGGAUGAAGUGGGAGAUUCAGAUGAUGAACCUAUUCCUGAACUUGAGUAGUUUGAUAAGUUAAGGAUUUUUUUUUAAAUUUUUGUAUGUUAAGUUAUAUGAAUAAAAGUGAUAAUUUCU